AUGGGGAACCCCUACGCACCAAAACGUGUCGCUUUGACCUAUGCCAUGCUGUCACUAGUGCUUCGUUUGGUUGCAGCGCAAUCCCAGGUAUUGAACCUCUGGUAUGGUAGACGCUGCUACGAACGAAGCAGAGGUGAGAUGAUCAUGAUGGUGUAUGAGAAGGCAUUAUCAAGGAAGAAUAUAUUCGAUCAGCAGAUUCCAGAAAGGGGCAGCCAAAAUGAGAGCCAGGAGAGCGAGGACAAUAACGGUGAAGUAUCGCCCAGUGCUAAGCAGAGGAAGCUUUGCGGACUAUUUCCGCAGCGACAAGCUACUAGUAAAGGGAAAGUGAAGACCGCGGCUUCCAUGGGAAAGAUAUUCAACUUACUGCGUGGAGAUGUUUACGAAGUGGCCCAGCGGUUCUGGGAAGUGGACACCUUAGUUGACAAACCCUUGGGUCUUGUCAUUGCCACGGUGCUCGUCUGGAAGCUGCUUGGCCCCUCCUGCUUUCUCGGGAUCUCGGCUAUCCUGGUAGCGCAGGUCUUGAACGUUUUCAUAACAAGUAUGCUCCUUCGUUGGGAAAGAGUGCGCAGACUGGCAACAGAUACUAGACUCCAAAUAUCAUCUCAGUUCGUGGAGGCCCUUCGCCAUCUUCGUUGGUAUGGUUGGCAAAACCAUUGGCUGCGUCAGGUUAUGGAAGCCCGGCAAUCUGAAUUGAACCUUCGUAUCGUGACUAGUCUUUUCAAUGUUCUAAUUCGCUUUGUCAACACCUUCGCCAGUGGUCUUUUUCCUGUUGUGGCCUUGUAUGCCUAUACAUUGUUGGCUGGGAAUCCCCUGCGUAUUGACAUCAUAUUUCCGGCCUUGCAGCUCUUCACUAUGCUGGAGCUUCGGCUAAGAGAAAUUCCGGGUCUAAUAACAGUGCUCAUCAAUGCCUCAAUCGCCAUGGAACGUAUAGAGGACUUCAUGGCUGAACCCGAUAAGGAGAAACAGGAAGCACUAGCAUCAAAUGCUGGAGCCUCACUGGUGUUAGACUCUUGCUACUUUGCAUGGCCUGGUAAGGCAUCGCCUGUGCUCUCUGAUAUCAACCUGAGAGUUUCUGGGGGCUUGACAGUCAUCUGCGGUAAAGUAGGUGCUGGGAAAACAGCACUACUUCAAGCGCUACUUGGUGAACUGGAUAGACUGAGUGGUGUUUCCGAGACCCCCAAUGAGAUGGUCGGAUAUUGCUCUCAAACGCCAUGGUUGCAGAGCAUGAGUAUCCGUGACAAUAUUCUGUUCUCUUCUCCGUACGAUGAACCUCGCUACAAGCAAGUUCUCGAGGCCUGCGCAUUACUUCCAGACCUGGCUAACUUCAAACAUGGCGAUCUAUCGUUUGUGGGCGAAAAUGGGAUUGGCCUUUCAGGUGGGCAGAAGGCACGUGUGGCUCUUGCAAGGGCAGUCUACAGCACUGCAAGAAUAUUAUACCUUGACGACCCUUUGUCCGCCCUGGAUCAUAACACGGCAGAAACCAUAGUUCGCAGGUGCUUCUCCGGCCCGUUGAUGCAAAACCGCACAGUUGUCCUUGUUACUCACCGCACCACUUUAGUACGUCAUAUUGCAGACCAAAUAGUUCACCUUCAUGAUGGCAGAGCUACCAUAGAAGAUAAGCAAAACAUUUCCUCAACUCUCAGCAUUGAUGAUACGGACGAAUCUUCCUCAUCCCACACCACGGACGAUGGGGCUUAA